UUACCGGUUGUCUAUUUACAAGCACCUGAAAGUGUAAAUAAACGAAAUGGUUAUAAUGUUAAUUUAACCAAUGGCAAAAAUGGAAAGCUACAUCAUAUAAAACUCAAGGACUUUUCUAUUUAUACACGGCGAGAAGUGUUUCAAUUACAACAAGCGCAAAAGCCGUGCAUUAACACGAUGUCCCGCAAAUACAAUGAGUUAUAACAAAUUAAUCCAACACAAGAGGUCCAAAAUGUUGUACCUUGCUCUUUUGUUGGUGUUUUACCCUUUUCUUUGUGUUACCGGCAUAAACCUGACCUAUAUCGUCAAAAAAGACGGAAAUUUUUCAUAUCCCAGUUGUAUUGCUGAAGAUUUGGAGAGAUAUACAGGGGUAGGCUGGGUCUAUCCCAUUCCCAGUUCAGCACAAAACCUUCCCAGUGUUGCUACCAAAUUUAUACCUACACUUGACAAUGAGUUCAAUUGUCAAUUCACCCAAAACAGCCCCUGCAACUUAUUAUGGUCGUUGCGGGACUGGCAGAUUGACAAUGACUCCCCAAAAACGAAGGAAGUGAUUUUCGACAGACGUUGGGAAGAUUUACCCACAAUUUUUGUUUCCAACACUUCAAAAGAGUUUGAAGAAAAAGUUGAUCUACGUAAUAUUCUAAAGCAAGCGUUUUCGGUACGAGCAGAUGGUCUGGUUGAAAUAUUCAUUUGUUCGGGAUCCGACCCUAACACUAAUCCCUGCUAUUAUUUCUAUAUCGAAUCCAUCGAUAUUUACUUCAAGUAUUACGCUGCUAUUCCGAAAGACGUCAAGGAGGACGUCAAAAAGAAGAAUUUGCAGCAUGUCAAGGCCACUUCAAGCGUACUAUCACCGAAUGAAUGGAGGAAUUUCAUUAUCAAUUACGAAGGCUCUAAUUUGGUGCAACUAAUUGAUGUUACCGCUAAUCUUAAAAGAGUCUUAAUUGAAUAUUUUUUCGAUGAGCCAAUGACCGCAGCCUACAUGUUUAUGAGGAGUUCCAAUUCAAGUCUAUGGAAAAUGCAUCAUAACAGCUUUAUGUUUACCAAUACCACUCAGAUUUCCAGACUGGGCCCCAUUCUCACCAUCCCCAGUAAAGAUUUAUGCGUUUCCUUAUUGGUCAAGGUGUGCAGCUAUUGCGAGAUUAAAUUUCUGUACCUGAACAAGACUCGGAGAGUUUUAAAAGUUGUGGGACCUCCUCAGAAUGAAGAAUGGGUAGAAGUGAAGCUGAAAGAAGAAAAUAUCCAGUUUGACAAGUUAAAUCUGUUCGUUGAAACCAAAUAUGUAGAUGGAAGUUCCAAGAUAUCGGAUGGCUUCUGGGCUAUAGACGAUGUAAGGGUCUGCAAUGAAAAUGAGGUAAAAGUUUCGUAUCUGAAGCUGAGUGACACAUCGCACAUCUCUGAUGAUAACAUUACAUGCCAACUCGUAAAGAACCCUAGUUGGAGACCCAAAAAAGUGGUUUAUACAGGAGUAAAAGAUUUUCCAGAAGUUUUCGCCAAAUCUACCAAAAACUCGAUUCAAUUAAAAUGGAUUCCAGAAGACAAAAAGAAUCCUAUUACUUAUUUUAUAUUUUAUCAGGGUAACGAUAUCUGCACCAGUGAACCCCACAACGAAAAGAGAUACAAGUCAAGCGGAUUUAUUAGCACCAAACUGAACGACGUCACUAUUAGUGACCUCGUGCCUUAUACUUAUUAUAAUAUUACGAUAUCGACUGUUUUACAUGAGACUGAUAAGAAAUUAGUUAUUAAUACAUUAGAGACAGAUGAACCUAGUUUAGAAGAACUUCCGACAAAUAUAAAACUGAAACCGUCAUACACUUCUAUAAACGUAACAUGGGAACCAGUUAACUGCCAUAAGAAAUAUGGCAGAUUAGUGUAUACUGUCAUUGUUUCUAAUUCUACACUAAAUUUCACCAAAGAAAUAUCUCUACAAACAAACACUAGUUACGAGAUAACUGGACUGAAGCCGUACUCACACUAUUCUUUGACAAUUUUGACAGCUAGAAACGGUAGAAGCAUUUACAGGAAGGUGAAGACUACAAACUACACUCUGUCUUUCACUACACUCGCUGGAAUUGCUCCUUCUCCAGAAAACCUUGAAAUCUACUCAAUAGACCAAAAUACAGCAUCCUUAAGAUACGACCUACCCACAAACUCGAACGGUAUCAUCAAAGACGUUCACGUGAGUAGGUGCAACAGCCUCUCGUUCAGCAAAUGCAAAGCGUCGUUCUCUAUCGUGAAAAGAUGCAGUCUAUGGCCGAAGAAGUAUUGCGUGGAAGUGAAUUAUCUGAUACCUUUCCAGUCCUACAACUUCAGAGUUGCCCUAAAGAAUCUGGAUACGCCUACUUUUGGAAAAGAAGCUGUGGUGAAGGGAUUCGCUAGCGACAAAGUUCCAGGCCAACCAACAAACAUCACCUACAAAAUGGUCAACUGUCGCAGCGAUUACGAAUAUUGUGAUUUAAAUAUAAGUUGGUUGCAUCCUUACCAUCAAAAUGGCACCAUAACACAAUUCGAAAUUGUUUUGAACAGCACCAAUAUCAAGAAAGAAGCUGAAGAUGACAAAUAUAUUCAUGAAGUGUAUACUGUGCUGAAUAAAACUUACUAUUACGAUUAUACCUAUCAGAUCAAAGAUGUUCCAUACGACAGCCACUACAACCUCUAUAUACGAUCCGGCAACACCGCUUACAAAAGCGACUACGCAGAAACUCACGUCAAGACGGACCAUCUCGGGGAUCACAUCGAUCAAAGUCCAAAACUCUUAGCGAGAAGUGACAAUAAUUUGUUGUUCAAGAUGCCAUAUCUAGACAGCAGGCUACAGUCCUACACCAUGACAGUUGUGGUCCAAGACUACGAUAAGAAGCGGCAGGUUGAUGGUGAGGUGUUGAAGAAUAAGAAGGUGGCUGAUAAUUUGUGUAACAACUUCGGUGAUACUUGGAUAGCACAAGUAAUGAAGGUUGAUAGCAACGACAGCACCAGAAACAUAGCUAUAGGAAAUGCAGAGAAACAAAGUCUAAAGCCCAACACGAAAUACUGCAUCACUUUCAUCAUCACCAAUCGCUACAAGGACGCAGAACACGAUGUUGUUUAUUACGAAAAACUGAAGACUACAAACAUCCAAGGCUCUUCUAAAGGAGUCGUUGAAGGAGGAUCCUCGAACCAUUUGUACAUGCUGUUUCUUAUAUUGCUUAUUAUACCAGUGGGAUUUUUAGUUUACAGGUAUUUCAGAAAGAAGAGAUACAUCACAAAGUCGAUGAUCACACCAAACGAUCAUUGUUACGAAACUUUGCCCUGCAAUGAGAUUCGGCACGACAAAUCAGAAUCCAACGAAAAGCUGCAACCCGUUGUGAAUAGAGACUAUAGUUAAAUAGUUUUAGCAAGCCAAUUUAUUUCACCAGAAUGUGUUUCUAUAGAAUUUAUUCUACCAAAUCCGUUCUUUGCUAUCGGCUGUUCAAAUUUAUGUUGCUACGACUGUCUAGUGUCUAAUGUUGUCGAAAGAUCGUCAACCGUAUCUAAACGUCGGUCGCCAGAAUUGUCUAGAUAUUGUAAAAUAUGUCUAAACGUCGUCCUAAAUUUUAUAUAAAUAUCGUCAGCGAUGUCUAAACCUUGUCAGCAUAGUCUAAAUGUCCCCAGUGCUGUCUAAAAGUCUUCAGAGUGUUCCAAGCAUUGCCUUAAAUAUUCCUGAGUUGUUUAAACUUACUCAGUAUGGUCUAAAUGUGGUUAGCAUUGUAGAAAUAUUGUAAGCAGUAUCUAAAAAGUUUCCUUAAUUUUAUCGUCAGUGAUGUGUAUAUAUUGUAUAAAUGUCCUCACUACAAUACAAUAUCUCCAAUCGUAACAUAUCUCCAAUGUUGUCUAACAGUCCUGAGCAUUGUCUAAACUUUCUUAGAGUUCGUUUAACUUGCUCAGUAUGGUCUUAAUAUCAUCAGCAUAUUCUAAAUAUCGUCACCAUUGUCUAUACAUUCUCAGAGUUGUUUAAACUUGCUCAGUAUGAUCUAAAUAUCGUCAGCAUUGUAUACAUAUCGCAAGCAUUAUCUAAACAUCUUCCUCAACCUUAUCUAAAUAUCGUAAGUAUUGUCUAAAAGUUGUCAGCGUCGUCUAAAUGUUGUCAGCAUUGUUUAAAUAUCCUAAACAUUAUCUAAACAUUUUAAACAUCAUCAGCGAUGUGUACACAGUGUUCUCAGCAUUAUCUAAACACCGUCAGCAUUGUCUAAACUCUAAACUUUCUUAUAGUUCUUUUCACUUGCUCAGUAUGGUCUUAAUAUCAUCAGCAUAUUCUAAAUAUUGUCAGCAUUGUCUAAAUAUCACCAGUGUUGUCUAAAAGUCCUCACCAUUGUCUAUACAUUCUCAGAGUUGUUUAAACUUGCUCAGUAUGGUCUAAAUAUCGUCAGCAUUGUAUACAUAUCGCAAGCAUUAUCUAAAAAUCUUCCUCAACCUUAUCUAAAUAUCGUAAAUGUCUAAAAGUUGUCAGCGUCGUCAUUGUUGAAAUAUCCUAAGCAUUAUCUAAACAUCUUCCUAAAGCUUAUCAAAACAUCAUCAGCGAUGUGUACACAGUGUAUAAAUGUUCUCAGCAUUAUCUAAACACCGUCAGCAUUGUCUAAAUAUCGCUAGUGUUGUUUAAAAGCCCUCGGCAUUGAACAAUAAGGCCAUUGUCAUUCCGUCACUUUAUAUCCACCGUAUUCUGCUUCUUCUGAGUUGAGGUUAUAAGUUGAGAGUUUAAAGUUUGAUAAAGAUAUUUUAAGUUUGGCAACACUUUGAUCUGAUAUACGGAUCACUGAGACAUUAGAUGUAUCAUUUACAUUCCUUUCUCAUUGUGUUUGAACAAUAAAAUUGAAGUGUUUUUACAAUAAAUAUUCUAUUAAUAAAAAUAAGAAUUUUACCAAUCGAAUAAUGCAAAUACUCGUAAUAUUAUCAAAAGAAUCUCAAAAUAGAGUUUUAGUUUUCAUUAAGAGAUUUUAGCCCUAUUGGGUAAUUUUUAAUAUGAGUUUGUGACGCCAUUAUUUUUAACAGCGAUAGUAAAAAAUGGAGUUCGUAGAAAAAUAAUAUAUUUUUGUGCGUUUUACCCCUUCUAAUGACUUAAUAGUUUUAUGUUACCUAAAAAAGCAUCUAGAUCAUUUAAUGUAAACUGGUAAUGACGUAAUGUUUUGACAGUAGGGUGCACUAACAUAAAAUCUACAUUUUUUAUUUAAUUUACUUGAUUUAGUGCCAUUUUUUGCAUACACGAACGAUGUUGGUAGUUUUAUAUCAACAGAUUGGUUCACAUAUAGAAAUGGGCAAAUCAGAAGUGACCCGUGUCAAAGACUCGAAUCUUCAGAAAGAUCCAAUUGAUUCGAAACUCAAAAUUAAAUUUAACACAUCUCGAAUCAGUAACAACGGAACCCCGUCGUAGUUACUAAGCGAAAGAAAAUCCCAAUUUUUUCAGGUAUUCCUGAAUUACCUGACAAAGUGAUCCGGUUAUCUUAAGUGAACCGGAACUGUUGAUCCGAAUCUAAAAGAUUCCUCGAAAUUCCCAUCUCUAUUCAGAUCUAUCUUCGGAGGACGCCGCAAACAAACUUUCACAAAGUUGUGAGUCUCAAAACAUUGUAGAUCUACAGCAUGAGGUGUUCGGCUUUUAAUAAAGUUCUGUUAAUAGUCCAAGAGGCAGCGCUGAAAAAUCUCUUUGAAUUUACUAAAUCUGGAUUUUUCACAGUUGAUUACUGUGAUUGUGUGGAGAAACAUUCUGCGGUCGGUUAAGCGAAACGUAGAACAGGGGUUACUGAGAGGGUAUCAAAGUUGCUUUCCUACGAAGGUAAUUAAAUCCAUUUACUAAGGCUGAAAAUCAGUACACACAUUCUAAAUUAAAUAUAAAUAAAAGUUAUUAUAGUCGGUCAGCUGUAUGACGGGACAAAGCCGGUCGGUCGGCCCCAGUGAAUGUACAGGGUUAUUCACUAUAUUUUGAGGCCCUUGUAAACUGCUUUAUUUACAGAAUUAGAAAAAAAUGUAAAAUACAAAAGUUAUUCUAUUUUUAAAUUAUGAUUUUUUGACAUAUAUAUCGUAGGUACUAGUGACGUCAUCCAUUUGGGCGUGAUGACGUAAUUGACUAUUUUUUUAAAUGGGAAUAGGGGUCGAGUGCUAGCUCAUUUGAAAGGUUAUUGAAUUCCCUAUUCAGUAAUAUAAACAUUAACAUGAUUAAUUAUACAGGGUGUCCAAAAAAAUUUUUUUAAUUAAAUUAAUUGUUUAAUUAAUAAUUAAAAAAAAAUUUGAACCUGUGUAAAUAAUGAUCUUAAUGUUUAUAGUACUGUAUAGAGAAUUUAAUAACCUUUCAAAUGAGCUAGCACACGACCCCUGUUCUCAUUUAAAAAAAAUAGUCGGUUACGUCAUCACGCCCAGAUGGAUGACGUUACUAGUACGACAUACAUGUCAAAAAAUCAUAAUUAAAAAAUCGAAUACCUUUUGUUUUUACAUUUUUUUUUUCUAAUUCUGUAAAUAAAGCAGUUUCCAAGGGGGUCAAAAUAUAGUGAAUAACCCUGUACAUUCAUUGGGGCCGACAGACCGGCUCUGUCCCGUCAUACAGCUGACCGACUAUAAUAACUUUUAUUUAUAUUCAAUUUAGAAUGUGUGUACUGAUUUUCAGCCUUAGUAAAUGGAUUUAAUUACCUUAGUACGAAAGCAACUUGAUACCCUCUCAGUAACCCCUGUUCUACGUUUAGCUUUAGUAAAUUCAAAGGGAUUUUUCAGUGCUGCCUCUCCGUCUAUAAGUUUGAGCACAAAGAUGUGUCUUACAUAUUUGAAUCAAUAUUUUGUUUCUCUACAAUUAGUGCCUUUUUAUUUCAUACUGAGCACUUUAUCCCAUCAUUGGAACUUCGAUUCAAUGAAAUGUGUCAUCAUGUGGAAGGGUACUAAGUUUUUAGUCCAACAGUAAGCAGGUUCCAAAGCAACACAAGUUACUGAAAAGUAGGCAACAUUUUUUACUGUUGUGACCAACAAAUAAGUCAGGCAACACUGUACAUUUGACUAAUGACGUCACUACCAGUUUAUACUAAAUAUAAUAUAGAUCCCAGUAUCUGCGUACACUAAAAUGUGCUUCCAAAAAGCUUGUACUUAUAUCUGUCUGUGAUAUGUAACACACCAACCGAUUCUAACUUUCAACCAUGUUUUUACUGUGCCUUAUAUGUAUUGACAUAUUAAAUAAUGACCUUUUAUUUGUAAAAGUUUUAAUUUUUAUGGUAGAACUGUAAUAUCUGUUAUUCAAUAAAAUAUAUGUAUUGCAGCUAUUUUAAAUAAAGAAAUGUUUUAAUUUA